AUGUUUUCCACAAUAGUUCUCCUGUCAGCUGCUCUGAUUUCCCCUGCUCUGGCUGGACCAUGGGCGAAUGUAUGUGCUGGCAAGCCUUCCAAUGAGAUCCGGGCAUGUGACCGCUACGGCUGUGGGCAGUACUCUGCUCAGCGAAGUCAAAAGAACCACCAGGGUGUGGAUGUCCUGUGCCCCGAUGGUUCUACUGUGUAUGCUCCAUUCACCGGAAUGCUUGUGGGCCAGGAGAAACCUCAGAAGAAUAAAAAUGCUAUCAACAAUGGUGUUCGACUAUCUGGGCAAGGUUUCUGUGUCAAAAUUUUCUACAUCAAGCCAAUUAAGUAUAAAGGUUCCAUCAAGAAGGGAGAAAAACUGGGAACUCUACUGCCCUUGCAGAAAGUUUAUCCUGGCAUACAGUCGCAUGUACACAUUGAAAACUGUGACUCAAGUGACCCUACUGCAUACCUGUAAGCGGGGCACAAAGACACCACCUUCUAAAUACGAGGCCAUCUUCAAAUCCUUGAAAUUUGGGAGAAAUUUGUACCAAACAGA